AGUACCAGGCUUAAAAAGAAAAAAUGCUGGGGCCGAUUCAUUCGACUAAAAAUUCUUCCAGGCAGUGCCCCAGCAUGGCCACAGUUUAAUGGCAAAAAGGUAAAAGAUACAUACAGACAGUAUAAAGAUAAAGGGGAAUAACACGAAUUAGUUGACGGAAAUAUUUCAUAAGAAAUGCGCAUGCGCACUAUUAGUACUCGUAUUUCAUCUUAACGUCAGAAUGUUCGACGAAGGGUCAUCACUUUACCGCUGAUAAUACGUUUCUGAACUACCAGACAUAGUUAUAAGAUCUCUAACCUAUAAAACAUUUUCGAUAUCAAAUGACAUUGGCAUAACAGACGAUACAUUCUCAGUAUUUAUCAUCUUUUGAAGACCAAAGGAAAAUAUUAUGCAGAGCAAAUAUAUAACACAGUUACUAUAAGUCUUCAGCAGAAUUCCUUUGAAAUAUUUGCUCUGAUCUGUAAUUAUUAGCAACAUUCUCUGCAUCAUAGUCUGCAGUGAAGAGUUGAUGAGUCAACAUGUUUUUAACAUAAAUUGACAAAAGAAAUUCUGUGGUAGGAGCCUUUGUAAGGAAUAAAUCAUCAGAACAAAGAAGGAAAAUAUAUGCAUUUUGAUUUCAGAAGAAUAAUAAUGGAAAACAGUGAGAUAUUUAAGAAAUUGAUUUUUCCUGAAAGCAUGGUAAAAGAGAAAAGGGAAUUUCCCUAUGACUGUGAUAUCUGUAAAAAGUCCUUCUCUCAGAAAGGUCACCUAAAUACUCACAAAUGUACUCAUAAGAAGGAGAAACCAUAUCACUGUAACAUCUGUGAUAAAUCAUUCACUGGAAGUAUUGACUUAACUAGGCACAUACGUGUUCAUACAGGGGAGAAGCCAUAUCAGUGUGAUAUCUGUGGUAAAUCAUUCUCUCAAAGUAUCGUCUUAACUACACACAUACGUAUUCAUACAGGAGAGAAGCCAUAUCAUUGUGAUAUCUGUGGCAAGUCAUUCUCUCGAAGUUAUCACGUCACUUCUCACAAACGUAUUCAUUCAGGAGAGAAGCCAUAUUGCUGUGAUAUUUGUGGUAAAUCAUUUAGUAAAAGUAGUAACUUAGCUGUACACAGGCAUAUUCAUACAGUAGAGAAGCAAUAUCAUUGUGAUAUUUGUGGUAAAUUAUUCUCUCAACGAAGUGUCUUGACUAAACACAAGCAUAUUCAUACAGGAGAGCAACCAUUUCACUGUGAUAACUCAUCCUCUGUAAGUAAUCACUUAGCUAAUUACAAAAGUAUUCACACAGAGGAAAAGAGAUAUCUCUGUGAUAUUUGUGGUACGUCAUUCUCUAAUUGUAGUGCAUUAACUAGACACAACCAUACUCAUACAGGGAAGAAGCCACUUCACUGUGAUAUCUGUGGUAAAUCAUUCUGCAGAAGUAGUGACUUUACUAAACACAAACGUAUUCAUUCAGGCGAGAAGCCAUAUCACUGUGAUAUUUGUGGUAAAUCAUUCUCUCAAGGUAAUAACUUAACUGAACACAAACGUAUUCACACAGGAGAGAAACCAUAUCACUGUGAUAUCUGUGGUAAAUCAUUCUCUACAAGUUGUACCUUGACUUCUCACAAACGUAUUCACACAGGGGAAAAGCCAUAUCACUGUGAUAUUUGUGGUAAAUCAUUCUCUCAGAAUAGUAACUUAAGUAAACACAAACGUAUUCAUACAGGAUAGACAGCAUACCAUUGUGAUAUUUGUGGUAAAUCAUUCUGUGAAAGUCAUCUGUUAGCUAAAUACAAACAUACAGGAGAGAAGCCAUACCAUCAUGCUACCUGUAGUAAAUCAUUCUCUAACAGUAGUGACUUAACUGAAUACAAAUGUUUUCAUACAGGAGGGAAGCUGUGUUAUCUGUGCUAAAUUAUUGUUUGACAGUCAUGCUUUGACUUCAUACAAAUGUACACACAGAGGAGAGAAACCCUAUCACUGUGGUAUCUUUGUUAAAUCAUUCUCUGUCAAUAGUGCUUUAGCUACAACACAAACGUAUUCAUACAGAAGAGAAACCAUAUAAUUUUAUUGUCUGUUAUAAAUCAUUCUCUGAAAGUUGUAAGUUAACUAGACAUGGAGAUGAUCACAGAUCUUCCUCCAUGUUUAGCAGUCUGGAUCAAAUGCUUCUUUUGGCUGUCUCCACACGUAUACUCGGCCAGUGGUCGAAAAUAAGGUAAAGAAUGACUUGUUCAAGAAAAUAAUAUUCUUCCACUGCUCUAGGGAGCGACUUGUGUUUUCAGGUGCUGGUGCCACUUAAAAAGUGCCCAUGCACUUUUUAAAGCAGCCGUGCUAGUGCUGUGUAAACACACCCAUGCCAGUGGCAUAUAAAAAGCACAACUUAAGUAGUUGGCAGUAGGGAGGGCAUCCAGUCAUAGAAACCAUGCCACAACAGACAAUUGUCUGCACAGCUCUGUCAAACAGUUUGUUAGCAUGAAGUGGGUGCUCUCUGUCAUUGUACUAGCACCAGAGGCGUGUACAUGUGAAUGUAGAGAACACUCAGUAAACCAAAGUGUCUAAACAAAGGAGAAUCGCAGUGUGUAAUGACAGCAGAGAGACCAGAAAUGGUUUGUUGAUCUGUGCUGUUAUCUCUCAAAUGAUGAUAAAUCCUCGUGUAUACAAAGAAUAACAAGAAGCAACUUUAUUCUUAAUAUGUUCUGGUAUAUUUGAAUAUUGAAUAUGCUAAUCGAUUACAAUUUGGUAAUUAUGAUACUUCUUCUACAACUGAAGAUAAUUUUAAUAAAUAAAGAAUUUAUGUAUUAUGCUAUUUCA